GCAGCGAAGGCUAUGUGGCUGGCGCCGGUGCCGCUGGGGCGCUGAAGCAGAUGCGGUCCCAUUUUCCGAACUCGGGAGGCUUCUUUUCGGAAGGAGGAUUUGCGUCGGACGGCGUGGCGCCCGGUUGAUCGGCAGAACUAGACGGCGCCCGACACACCCGUUCCAUGUCGACGUCGCCGCAGCAGCAGCGGAUAACCGGCCAUCCACCCCUUCUGGCCGUAGACCGAUUGCUGUUCGUCGACACCCGGGUUCAGCACACGGUUCUCCUGCUUCUUGCCGUGAUCCUGUGCGUCUCCGCGACCGUCGUGAUGUUCAAGGCACUCUCUCGCAAGAAGCGGAAAGGCGAGGGCUGCGUAUACCACUCGCACGAGGGUGCGGACAUGCGCGGCAAGACUGUUGUCGUCACUGGAGGCAAUGCCGGCAUUGGCUUCGAGACGGCGCUCGAACUGUCUCGACUCGGCGCCCGCGUGAUCGUGGCGGCUCGGUGUCCGAGCAAGGGCCACGCCGCCUGCGAAGCCAUCCGCCGCCUCACCGGAAAUGACCGGGUCGAGUUCGCGCUGCUCGACGUCGGGUCGCUGGCCUCGGUGCGCGGCUUCGCGAACAGGCUGCUGGCCUCCGAAGAGCGCCUCGACGUGCUCGUCAACAACGCCGGCAUCGCAGCACCCAGGCAGAAACGGUUGACACGUGAAGGCAUAGAGAUUACCUUGGCCACCAAUUACCUCGGGCCCUUCCUGCUCACCAAUCUACUGCUGGACCUUUUGAAACGCAGCGGACCAAGUCGAGUGGUGAACGUGACGUCGUCGCUCUACCGCUUGGGCCGCAUACCGUGGGAGCAGCUGGAGGCUCCCGGAGGUGGCGGCGUUAGCAUCGAGUACCCUGGUGUCGAAUCAACGUACGCCAGUAGCAAACUCUUGCUCAACUUGUUCAGCGUCCAGCUGGCACGCCAACUCCAAGGAACCGAGGUGACGUGCAACGCGGUCCAUCCAGGUGUAGUGGCGACGACCAUCAACCAGAAAGAACCGGGUUUGCGCCAUUUUCUCUGGAACUCGUUCCUCCAUACGUUCGGAACGAGCCCUCGCAAGGGAGCGCGGGGUUCGGUCUACCUCGCGUCCUCGCCAGGCCUACGUGAGGUCACUGGAAAGUACUUCGUAUCCUGUCGAGAAUCAUCCUGGUCCCGCAAGCUCCUCGACGAGGAGACGGCGUACGAAGUUUGGUGCCGCAGCGCAGAGCUCGUUCGAGCUGUCUUAGCAGACGCCGACUGUGCUGGGAUGGUGGCCCAGGAGGCAGCCAGUUUUGCAGGUUCUACACAGUGCGGCUACUCGACGAUCCUUCAACAAAGCGCGGCAGUUUAGACAACGUGAAAAAAAUAUGUUUAAGAUACUGUAGGUAUAGAGGAGCCUCCAUGCAAAAUUUCCCUUUGGAAAGGCAAUUGGAAACAUCACAAAAAGCUCGCAAAGAUAGCUGUUUUUAAUAUCGAAACUCAAAAAGAAACCGCCGGCAUUACCCGCCGCCGGAAGUGACUCAUGGGAUAUAGCACGCGGCUCCUCGGUAUGACAUGGGACACAACGUAGUCUUUCGAUGGCUUCCAGGACGUUGCUGCAUCAGCGAGAAUGACCACGCCGACGAAGCCGCCCUAUCUGCACAAGAUCAAUGUGUUUUGAUUCUGCUUUCGCGAACAGACGCUGCGGCUGGGCUGCGAUUGAUGUCCCGUGAAUGUUCUUUGCCCCUGUGGGACUCGAGCGUUUUCACCAUGCGUCGUUUGCGUUCGUUGCCUCCGCAUAUGCAGAUGCAUCUACCGCCUGGGUUACCACGACGUGAACAGACCAUGCUGUACCGUCUGUUACUAGGCGUAGCAUUAACAAAAUCUUAUGCCUUCUUCAUUGGAAUGACCAACAGCCCCAAGUGCGACACAUGUAGCAGCGAUAAAACGCUCACAUACAUUAUCUGUGUCUGCCUGCGAUAUAGUGUCCAGAGAAGAGUGAUCUGCAGAGUGCUGGACCAAUUGGACAAUCGUCCACUAUCAGAACUAAUGCUCUAUGCCAUUGCCCCAAAAGAGCAUCUGCGCAGAAUGCUUUAUUCGCGUUACCAGGAUUCCUGCGGUUUAGGGGCUUUCACGGUAGACAUUAAGGACGCCGCCCCCUACCGCUCUACAAUGUACACGGUUUGUUUGU